GAGGACACGCCUCCCCGGCCACACGAACCGACAGCGCAGACGCCUGACUUCAAGAGGGAACAAAAACUUUACAUAAAAUAGUACUUUUUUUGAUUAAUCUGUUCACGAAAGCAAAUUAGGAAACUCGAGGUUUACUGAAUGUCACAGAUAUCAUUAUGACGCGAGAGGAGGACCUGAUCCGCAUUGCAAAAAAACUGGACAAGAUGGUGUCUAGAAAUAACACGGAGGGGGCUCUGGACCUGCUGCAGGAGCUGAAAGGCUUCAACAUGACGCUGAAGCUGCUUCAGGACACACGCAUUGGCAUGUCUGUGAAUGGCAUUAGGAAGCAUUGCACAGAUGAGGAGGUUGUUACCCUGGCGAAAAUUCUUAUCAAGAACUGGAAAAGACUCCUGGAAACGGCUCAGUCUCAGACAGCGGAGAAGCCGAAGGAGAAGAACAGGACAGACAGCAAAAAAUCCACGGCAGGCGACAAUGAGGGACAAGCAGGGAGGCCUUCAUCUGUGACGGAAUCGAGUCACAGGAAGCGUUUGGUCGAGGCGAAAGCGAACUUAAACUCUGAGAAGAAGCAUGCGUUUGAACACAGAAAGGAGAAGCACUCGGGGGAAGUUGUCAAGAAAGACAAGCGUACAAACGAACCCCAGAAAAAGCAGGAGAGGAAAGAUGAGCCUGAUCUUGGCGCUCUUUCUACUCCUGCUGUUAAUCCCCUUUCCAUACUGCCUUCCAAGCCCCCAGCCAUAGAAGCGAAGAAAGAGAGGAAAGCCACUCCUGACAUAAAUGGUCCCAUUGCUCCUCUCCCCCUGCACCUCCAUCCUUCUCUCCCUCCCAAACGUCCGUCAGUGGAAGGCAAGAGUGAAAGGUCAGAUCCGGCAUGUAGCACGGCGCCGUUCCAGCUGACAAGGGAAACGCCAUAUUCCAAACGUUUAUCUCCGAAGCGGCCAUCCCACGAUUCAAAAAAAGAAAGGUCUGAAAUGCGGAAGGAUCUUAAACCAACACUUCCAACCCUGGCACAAGCAGCCAAACUACUACAGAAAAAGGACUCGACAGAUGAUAAUAAGCCUCCAAAGCAGUCCAAUGUGGAAACCAAAAAAGAAAGAAAAGAGUCAACAGAUACGAAAGUUUUACCUGCUAAACGGCAAAGUCAGGAUGGGAAAAAGGACAGAAAGGACUCUGUGGACCUCAAGCCUGCCCAUCCUGUGAAGCGCCAUUCGACUGACACUAAACCUGAGAGGAGAGAUUCCACCAGUUCAAAGAGUGGAAGUGGCCCCCCAGUGAAGAAGAUCACAGGAGACAGGAGGGAUUCGCAGGGACCCAAGUCCCCGAUUGCCGGAGCCCAGCAGCGAAAGCCGUCUACAGACAGCAGUGAGAUGGGUAACAGUAAGAUCAAACCAGAGACGCCGAAGAGCCCCACCUCCCCGACCAGCCCCGUGUCCCCUUCCUUCAGUCCCACGGGCGGCCCAGUGCCCCCUCACUUGCUGACCGGGGACUCGGUUCGUGACAAAUGCAUCGAGAUGCUGACUGCUGCGCUGCGCACCGAUGAUGACUACAAGGAUUUUGGCGUCAACUGCAACUCCAUGGCCGCAGAGAUCGAAUAUCACAUCUACCAGGAGAUUAAAGCCACAGACAUGAAGUAUAAGAACCGAGUUCGCAGUCGCAUCAGCAACCUCAAGGACCCCAAGAACCCUGACCUUCGCAAGAACGUCCUGGCGGGGGCCAUUGAGCUCAGCCGCAUCGCCAGUAUGACUGCGGAGGAGAUGGCCAGCGAUGAGCUGAAGCAGCUGAGGAACACCAUGACCCAGGAGGCUAUCCGGGAGCAUCAGAUGGCCAAGACUGGGGGAACCACCACUGACCUGCUGCAGUGUGGCAAGUGCAAGAAGAAGAACUGCACAUACAACCAGGUGCAGACUCGCAGUGCAGACGAGCCAAUGACUACCUUUGUGUUGUGCAACGAGUGUGGGAACCGUUGGAAGUUUUGCUAAUGAGAAUCCAGCAAGAUGAAAAUCAAGCCUUCAGUCUGAUCCCAGAAAUAAUAAUGACUGGACAUUUGUUUCUAUCAGGGAUAGCAAAAAUGUAGUAUACAGCAUGAUUUUACAAGAUGUAGUUAAUCAUAAUUUGGAUUUAUACCUGGCUUUGAAAGAUUUCUAUGAUCACUGCAUGUAAUUUACUGGGUAAUACCUUUCAAUUCCAUUUCUGGAGUAUUUUUGGUAAUAUUUUUAGUCCAAUGAUUUUAAAGUUGAGUGAAUCGAUAUGUUACUGCGAAUGUUGAAGGACAAAACACUUCAUACCGUUGUAAAUGUCAUUAUCCUAAAAGUUAUUUGUUUAACUUGAAUGCUAAAUCAACGAAGUGGAUAUAAAAAGAAAAACGUUCAAAUAUGCCUUCAAAGAUCGUACUUUCCCAAAGGCUUUUGGAAAGGCCUGGUUUGGCUUCACAUGCACUUAGCCUUUCCGAUGGAUGGAUGCCGCGCUGUGAACACACUUCAAGAGAGAUGCCUUAACGGGGGGAUGAUAAUCAGACCAGAAAUGUAUAAAAUUUUGUAUAAAACCCGAAACAAAUAAAGACCAUUUUAUUUAAA